UGCUGAUGACACUUCCUGAACUGAAGGGGUGGGUGGGCACUCAGGAAGCCCCCCAGCCUGAGGAGGGAGGCAGCAGCCCUGUCUCCAGGGUCCUCCAGGCUGGGGCAAGGAUGGAGAGAACAGGAUUAGAAGGAAGAGGAAGAAGAGAUGUCCGCAAGGGAGAGACCGGAGGAGGGUGAGCGCUCAGAUGGGCGUGCAGCAACUCCUAGGGUAGGGAGGGGAAGCGCGCUGAAGGAUGGGGGCUCUGAAGCCAGAGAGGUGCUGUAGGACGAACGGGACUGUGAGACGUGCAUGUGGUAGGGGUGCACCACCGGCCUGACAGUUCAGAGGGAAGAGGAAAAGGGCUCUGGAGGGUCCACAGUGUGUGUGUGUGUGUGUGUGUGUGAGUACGUGUGUGUCUGUCUGUGUGUGCACACGUGCCCGUCCACACGCGGGACGUCCCAGCCUUACGGCACUGCCUGCCUAGCUUUCUAAGUCAGAGGACGGAGACACCAAUGAGAAGGACUCAAAGUUCAAGCUCCCCUCCCACUCCAGACUCCCCGGCCAGUGUGUGUGGGUGUGCUGACGGGCCGGUUUCCAGGAUGGGGUCGGCACACUUACCCAGCAGCCUCGGGAAUUUUUUUUUCCUUUUUGUGGAUAGAGCCCAGAACCUCUCACAAACUCUACCGCAGAACCGCACCCCCAGCGUGGCAUUCUGGGGACACCCCCACCCUGGGAUACUCAGGUCUGACUCCUCUUUUUUUUUUUUUUUAUUUUACAUAAUUGUAACUGACUCCUCUUUUAGGUGGUACCCUGGGGGCCUGGGGAGCAAACCCACACUAAGAGCGAGGUGUGGUGACACCUAGCCUGUACUCCCCGCACCCAGGACGCUGAGGUGAGUUCCAAUCCAGCCUGGGAUACGCAGCAAGACACUCUUUCAAAACAAGCCCGCAGACAGCAGAGAGCGAACAGAAACGCUAGGGAAGAGGUGAUGCCCAGCGUCUGAGGUGUGUGACCUUGGCCAGGUGGCCGUCCCUUUACAGUGACAGAGUCCCAUUUUCUCCUGUCACACUGGAUGGAGUGUCCCAGGGGUAGGACAGGACUAACAGGGAGCACACAGGGACGCUUUCACGUAACGCAGGCACACGGGCGCCCUGUGACCUGCGAGUCCCUACUGAUGAGCAUCCGUGGCUCUUAGUACGUCUGCAUCUCGAGGUCCUGGUGGGUAAAUGAGGGGACACGACACCUCUCCUGGAGUCACCAUGAGGACAAUGGAAGGGGGUUUCACAGAGCUGGGCAUUCCUGGGGAGGCGUCACCUGGAACUGAGGUAUUGCUAGCACCUGUCACAAGCUAACUCUCUAAGUUUGCAAGCCAGCAGGCCGCGCAAAUCCAUCUGGAAUGCAGCAGGCUUGUUUUGUUCUCUCCUUAAGCAUCCCCCCCCCCCCGUUUCUGGCAAGUGACACUGGCCUUCAAGUCACAGUCUUCACAUGAAUAGAUUUUAGCUUCCAACAGCCUAAAGCAUUACUAAGAACAGAGGAGUACCUUAAGGCUAUGAUGGUACAACUCACGGUGGCUCCAGCAGGAGCUGACCAACCCUGGCUAGCCUGACCAUGAGCAGACACAUCUGCUUUUUUAAGACAGGGGUUAGGCCCAUGAGUUCGAGGCCAGCGUGAUCUACAGAGCGAGUUCCAGGACAGCCAGAACUACACAGAAAAACUCUGCUGGGGGUGGGAGUGUGGGGGAAGGGUUUCCUUAGCCUAGGCUGGCCUUGAACUCUUUAUGAGGUCAUGGAAGUCCUUGAUUCUGAUCCUCCUGAUUCCCCUGCAGGAAUGUGGGGGUUACAGGUAUCUAUAUUAUGUAGACGCCUGGCUGUCCUGGAACUCGCUCUGUACACCAGGCUGUCCUUGAACUGGAUGUAGGCCUGCCUCUGCCUCACGAGUGCUGUUCUUUUUUAUCUUUUGCGACAAGGCCUUACUAUGUAGCCUAGGUCCGCCUGGAACUCGCAACAAUCCUCCUGCCCCAGCCUCCCGGGAGGCAGCUGAGAUUACAAAGACGCCCCGCCACAUCCACCUUGUUUUGCAUCCAUACGCUACAGUGAAGGACCACGCCCUGUGUUCAAUUUUCCCUGACUCCUCCCUCCACCUCCGGUACCAGCGCUACCGUGCGAAUUCGCAGAUACACCGGGGGCACCUGGGCGCUUCCCGGAACCGGCAUUGGUGGCGGAUUAAAGAGCUCCACCGCUCUAUAUCUGACCUUCCUGACCCUCCCUACCGGUUCCAGUGUACCCCACAAAGGGGCGGAGAGUUCUAGAGGCCCCACCCUCCGGACUGGGCUCUGCCCCUUCCCAAGCGCACCCAGAAGCCCUCGGCGCCUCCUAUCCCGCCCCGCCCCGAGUCUGAUUCAGCCCAGCUCAGCAGCAAGAAGCCCCGGGGCUGUGCUCUCCGGACCGACCGCCACCUGUGGGUGGGGGGGCGAGUGGGUUUGGUUGUCGUCAUGGCGACGGCGUGGGUAGCCACAGCCCUGCGGUCCGCUGCAGCGGCCAGAAGGCUGCGCAGCCCGGGAGGACCGGGGGGCUCACGGAAGCUGAGCGGUAGCGCUCGGCGUCGAGGGCCGAGGAGCGCCAGCCCGGGACGCCGGCUCAGCACCGCCAGGGCUCCCGCAGAGGACGCGGAGGGCCCUAAAGGUCGUGUCCAGUCUCCUGCCGUCGAGGAGCCGUGGACACCGCUCCCAACGCCCCUCGAGUCCCCUGCGCCUCCCGCCGGCAGGUCCCUGGUGCAGCGGGACAUCCAGGCCUUCCUGAACCAAUGUGGUGCCAGCCCAGGGGAGGCACGCCACUGGCUCACGCAAUUCCAGACCUGCUACCACUCGGUGGACAAGCCCUUCGCCGUCAUGGAGGUGGAUGAGGAGGUGCUCCAGUGCCCAAAGGCGGUGUCCAGCCUGGCUUUCGCCCUAGCCUUCCUGCAACGCAUGGACAUGAAGCCGCUGGUGGUCCUGGGGCUGCCGGCCCCCACGGCACCAUCGGGCUGUCUUUCCUUCUGGGAGGCUAAGGCGCAGCUCGCUCAGAGCUGCAAGGUGCUGGUGGAUGAGCUGCGCCAUAACGCGGCUUCUGCUGUGCCCUUUUUCGGCGGCGGAUCAGUGCUGAGCGCUGCGGAACCAGCCCCCCAUGCCAGCUACGGCGGCAUCGUCUCGGUGGAGACGGACCUGUUGCAGUGGUGCCUGGAGUCCAACAGCGUUCCCAUCCUGUGCCCCAUCGGGGAGACGGCUGCGCGCCGCUCGGUGCUGCUUGACUCCCUGGAGGUGACCGCGUCUCUGGCCAAGGCUCUGCGGCCCACCAAAAUCGUCUUCCUUAACACUUCAGGCGGCCUGCGGGAUACCAGUCAGAAGAUCCUAAGCAACGUGAACCUGCCGGCCGACCUUGACCUUGUUACCAACGCCGAGUGGCUGAGCACCAAAGAACGCCAGCAGAUUCGCCUCAUCGUGGACGUGCUCAGCCGCCUGCCGCACUACUCCUCCGCGGUCAUCACCGCCGCCAGCACGCUGCUCACGGAGCUCUUUAGCAACAAGGGCUGUGGCACCCUGUUUAAAAACGCUGAGCGGAUGCUGCGAGUGCGCAGCCUCGACAGUCUGGACCAGGGCCGCCUAGUGAACCUAGUCAACCUCAGCUUCGGCAAGAAGCUCCGGGAAGACUAUCUGGAGUCCCUGCGUCCUCGGCUGCACUCGAUCUAUGUCUCUGAGGGGUACAACGCUGCGGCCAUUCUGACGGUGGAGCCUGUUCUAGGGGGCACCCCGUACCUGGACAAAUUUGUGGUGAACUCCAGCCGCCAGGGUCAGGGUUCCGGACAGAUGCUGUGGGAGUGCCUUCGGAGGGACCUGCAAACGUUGUUCUGGCGCUCCCGGGUCACCAACCCCAUCAAUCCCUGGUACUUCAAGCAUAGUGAUGGCAGCUUCUCCAACAAGCAGUGGAUCUUCUUCUGGUUCGGCCUGGCUGACAUCCGGGACUCCUAUGAACUAGUCAACCACGCCAAGGGGCUGCCAGACUCUUUCUGCAAGCCAGCUUCUGACCCAGGCAGCUGACCCGUCAUCAUGGGCCCUGUAAAUCCUGGGAUGGACAGGAUGGACAAAAAGCCAUGCCCGCUGGGGGUGACCCCGGGCAGCCGAGGGGAGGAAGCUGACCAACCAUGUCUGCUGAGAGGUACCGGAGCAGGACAAACAGGAAGAGUGAAGCCAGCCAAAGACCCUGCUCAGCCUGGGGAAUGGGACCAGGAUUGCCUCCCAGGGAACUACUUUAAGGGCAGGCCAUUUUCCAUGGCCUCUGUGCUGUCUUGAGGCUCCUUUGUCUUACACAGCAUCUAAGCCUGCUUGACCUACCAUUCACUUCACUUCCUUUGGGCCUUGAAAUUCUUCAGGAGGCCUCGAUUAAAAUAUAAAUGCUUGUCUGA